AUGAUUGACGACCCGAUCGGAAAUCUCAGCGAUCCGUUUAGCUACGCCGCAGAGGAUGGUGUAUUCUGCUCCAAGGAAAUAUCGAUCGUGGCCGCAUCGAGCGCUACCUUUAUCGCGGUACUGGGAACAAUCGGAAAUGUGACGACUUUGCUAGCGCUCGGUCGAAACCGCCCGGUAAGGCAGCGGCGCCGUCAACCGACGACCGCUUUCGUAAUGUCGCUGGCCACCGCCGACCUACUGUUUUGUGUGGCGGUCAUGCCCCUUAUGGCGCUUCGUUACGGUCGCCGAAGAUGGCCAUUCGUGUCCAGCAGUUUGUGGUGCAGACUGUUCCCAGUGGCACUGUACGGUACGGUAGCCACUUCCGUGCUGAGCUUGGUGGCGCUAACCGUCAAUCGGUACGUGCUGAUAGUGCAUCCCAAUUGGUAUGGAUCGGUCUAUCGGACGCCCGGUAUGGUACCACUGCAGCUGGCAGUUUGUUGGGCCAUUCCCUACGGUUUGAUGGCUCUGCCACUAUUUGAAGCAUGGGGUCGCCUCGGAUUCGAUCGCCGAACAUUCUCCUGCACAGUCUUACCGUCGAUCACUUCGGCGGGAAAUUUUUCCGCCAGUCCAAAGAAAUUCAUCUUCAUCGUGGGAUUCGCAUUACCGUUCUGUGCCAUCGUGCUGUGCUACACGGCCAUCAUCGGUGCAGUACGACGACAGCGUCGCAACAUGCAACGAUAUGCGGCCAAACCGACGGUUGCGGCUCCUUCCACGCCCGGAACCGUUACCGGGUCGAGUAACGACGAUGAUGAGCGCCAUCUGACACGAACCACGGCUGCUAUAUUCGGUUGCUUCAUGCUCUGCUUUCUGCCGCUUACGAUCGCCAAUGUGCUGCUGGAGGGUGCUGCAACUGCUGCUGGCGAGGCUGGCGAUGUACACGUGCUGGCAUCGAUCCUCACUUGGCAUUCGGCCGUACUUAAUCCCUUCAUCUAUGCGCUCGGUAGUCGGCACUAUCGCAACGCUUACUGGGCAGUUCUUCGCUGUUCUGAUUGCAAAAGCACAAAAUCCCAGCGAAGGAUUAUUUUCCACAGAAAUCAACCGCCAAUGACGCCUGGCACAACAAAAUCAACUAAAGUUGCAAGUGGUGCAGCGGACAAUACGGGGAGUGGAACACAAAAUAAUUCGGAAGUAUGA